CGAUCCGCCUUCCUUCCUUCCACCUCCGCCUCGCCUUGGCCUCCUUCCCUCCCUCUCCCACCAACUCGCUACCUCCAAAUCUCCCACCCACCUCAAAACCCUAGCACGGCCAGGCCGCAGCAGCAAUGCCCUCCCACACGGCGCCGGCCACCUUCCUCCUCCUCCUCCUCCUCGCCACCACCUCCUCCAGUUGCAGCAAGGUCGGCGCGGGGGCGGGGGCGGCGAGGAUGGUGCCGGAGGCGGGAGGGUUCAGCGCGAUGGUGCUCAACGAGACGCGGCGGAGGCUGGGGAGCUUCCAGCUCUGCGCGCCCUGCACGUGCUGCGGGGGAUCCCAUGGCAGCUGCAUGCUCUCCCCGUGCUGCUACGCCAUCAACUGCAACAUCCCCAACCGCCCCUUCGGCUUCUGCUCCUUCACGCCCAAGUCCUGCGACUGCCUCGGCUGCAACCUCUAGAAGGCAGGCCAUGUUCCUAAGCAAGCUAUGUUGUCCGCUUGAACAAUGAAGAUAUUCUGAAGCCAUAACGCUUGAUUCUGGCUUGGCUGAUGCUGUUCCUGUGGCAAACAUUGCUAGUAUUGUUACGCAGCUGUUCUGCUACAAAUCUGUGUUCCCUCCUUUUUCAGGUGGUUUUGAGGACUAUGGGGCAUUUGAGUUACACGUAACACAAGUUAGGAGUCUGCAUUAAAAAAAACUUCAUUUAGCUUGUGUUGUUCAUAGGUGGUGCCAAGUUAUAUGGCAAAAGAAAGCUGAUGGUCCAAUCAUUCAGUAAUCAGUAGUCAUCUAUGAGACUGAGUAUUUAAUAGAAGUACUUGAACUUGCAUCUCCAUCAUACCUAUUCCAUACCUGCACGCUCAUUGUUGCCUAUCCUGCACACAGUCUAGUUCUAAAGCGAAUA